UUUAUCCAGAACAAAAUAAGAACCUAAAAUGGCCAUCAAUAAAUCAAUGGGCAGUGUGUGGCGUAUCUAUCCAAGGACUAGUUAUCGACAUACAGGCAGUGUAUCCACGUAAUGAAAUGUUAUAAACGGCAAGAAGGAACUGAUGCAUGCCGGGUGCUGGAUAUCUCAUCUCACAUCUCAUAUCUCACAUGCUGGGUGAAAGAAGCCAGCCACAAGAGACCAAAUCACACACGAUUCUAUUCAGAGGAAGUAGCCAGAAAAGGCAAAUCUAUAGGAACAAUACAUGUAUAGUUCCUAUAGAACCAUGGGAUGUGGAUGGAGAUAAACCAUGAGUGUGAGGGAUUAAAUGAGUCGAUGGAAAUAUUCUAAAAUGGCUUCAUGGAAGUAAUUGUACAAGUUGGUAAAUUCCACAAAGACUCAUCGUGCUAUAUUCCCUUUGGAAGAAGGAGACGGUGUUGUUUGGAUAGGCUAAUCACCAGCCGUGUAAUCUCAGACACAGCUAACUUCUUGCCUCUGUUUACAGCCAUUAAAAUUGGGAAAAAUAGGAAGUCAAUACACCUAAGGCGACGGUAGGGCAUUGACUAUGGUGUGCACAGAGUUUGUAGCACAGCAUUGACUGCGGGAAGAUCUCGGCUGAGCCUACUGCAAUCCAGUGCUAAUGGACCUUAAUUCAGAUCUGAAGAAGGUUUUGGACUACAGUGCACACAGAACACAGCAAUUCUUGUGGAAACAGAUCCUGGGAUCCUGAGGGGUUACAUCUACUCAUGGCGUCUCAUAUUCGUCUUGGAGCAUCAGUACCUCCCGUACAAGGCUGUUUGCUCAUGGCUGCACUCGUACUGGGGGCAUAGUCCUGAAGCCUGUAAUGUGGGAGCAACUGGCUGUUCCUACACAGGUCCAGCGGGUGUUUGGGCAACAUCCACUGUCAUCCAAGUCUAGGUCAUUUGGGGGCUUACAAGAGGGCCACCUCCCCUGGUCUAUGGGACUUUGAAAUGAUGCCUUCGUGAGGCGGGAACCUCUAGAGGCUGUGCAGAUAAAAGGGCAAAGGAGGUUACCAAGGCGAGGGGUAUCACCUGAGGAAACCCCAGAAGCAGGAGGGAGCUUGCUGAGUUCGGGCUAGCGUUGCUAUGGAGAAUAGACAAGAAACAAGGGUCGGGGGUCUUUGGAGACGUUUCUGUUGCUCUUGAGGACAAGCAGUGAGGAGCUCAGAGCAGGUGGUAGGACAAGCUCAGAUAUCCUCGCUCGGUCCUAAAGGCAUCUGUGUACUGUCCCUCCUCGAUGUUGUGACCUGGGUUAUGCAUUCAGCCUGAAGUGUGCUGUUCCUUGGACCACAUACGUGCUCGUGCCCAGCUCAAAAAGCGCCUCCCAUUCUACCCGAAAGGGACUAAAAGGCAUGACAUAGUGGUUGAGAGCCGAUGGGACUGGACCUAAGAAAAGCAGGAGACUUGUAAAUGUUUCAUAAACUUCACUCUGGGCUCCGGCCCUGGCUGGGAGCCCAUUCAUAAGCCCAGGCUGCAGAGGGGCAGGUGUUCUUGGUUUCUAUAGCAUCGCCCCAGGGAGAAGCUGACAGCGCCACCUGCAAGCUGAAGGAAGCAGGAGGGGCCAGGGCUGGCUUCAGAAACUGCUGCUGGUCUCAGGACCCCUCAUACACUGGAGCUCACUUUAGCUUCUCCAGCCGGCCACAGCCAGGGAUACAGGCUGUGCUCAGUCUGAGCGUGGCUGCCCGAGACAGCUGUCACAGGCUGCUGCUCAGCCGGUAGCUUUUGCAAGGGACUGGAUUCCUAGCCAGCAAUUCCUCAACCAGCUUUGUUGACUCUGAAUCGAGAGGAGAGGGUUUUUCUCUUCUUAGAACAUCCGAGCUGGGGUUCCCCUCCUUUCUGAUUUUAAGUAGUUCCCUCCAUGAGAACUAAAUUUCAAGUGUUCCUCAAGGGCAAACGCAGCGCCCCUGGGCUGGAGGUUCGAGAGGAUGACAGCUUCUGAGGUCGCCUGCUAAGGGCUCUGAGGUGCCUCUCCUAUUGCCCCCAUUCAAAAUGCCAUUUAACGCAUUUGAUACCUUCAAAGAAAAAAUUUUGAAACCCGGGAAGGAAGGAGUGAAGAAUGCCGUGGGAGAUUCGCUGGGGAUCUUACAAAGAAAACUCGAUGGGACCAACGAGGAGGGAGAUGCCAUUGAGCUGAGUGAGGAAGGAAGGCCUGUGCAGACAUCCAGAGCCCGAGCCCCUGUGUGCGACUGCAGCUGCUGUGGCAUCCCCAAGCGGUACAUCAUCGCUGUCAUGAGUGGCCUGGGAUUCUGCAUUUCCUUUGGGAUUCGGUGCAACCUUGGAGUGGCCAUUGUGGAAAUGGUCAACAAUAGCACUGUGUAUGUGGAUGGGAAACCGGAAAUCCAGACAGCACAGUUUAACUGGGAUCCAGAGACGGUGGGUCUUAUCCAUGGAUCUUUUUUCUGGGGUUAUAUUGUGACACAAAUUCCCGGUGGCUUCAUUUCAAACAAGUUUGCUGCUAACAGGGUCUUUGGAGCUGCCAUCUUCUUGACGUCAACCCUGAACAUGUUCAUCCCUUCCGCGGCCAGGGUGCAUUACGGCUGUGUCAUGUGUGUGAGGAUUUUGCAGGGUCUGGUGGAGGGUGUGACCUACCCAGCCUGCCACGGGAUGUGGAGUAAGUGGGCACCUCCCCUGGAGAGAAGUCGUCUAGCCACAACCUCUUUUUGUGGUUCCUAUGCCGGGGCAGUCGUUGCUAUGCCCCUUGCAGGAGUAUUGGUGCAGUACAUUGGCUGGGCCUCUGUCUUUUAUAUUUACGGGAUGUUUGGAAUUAUUUGGUACAUGUUUUGGCUGCUGCAGGCUUAUGAGUGUCCAGCAGUUCACCCAACAAUAUCCAAUGAAGAACGGACCUACAUAGAGACAAGUAUAGGAGAAGGCGCCAACUUGGCCAGUCUGAGCGUGGGUCUCUUGUCAGCUGUCCCACACAUGGUGAUGACAAUCGUGGUACCCAUUGGAGGACAACUGGCUGAUUAUUUAAGAAGCCGAAAGAUUUUGACCACAACUGCUGUCAGAAAGAUCAUGAAUUGUGGAGGCUUUGGCAUGGAGGCAACCUUGCUCCUGGUGGUUGGGUUUUCCCAUACCAAAGGAGUGGCUAUCUCCUUCCUGGUGCUUGCUGUAGGAUUUAGUGGCUUUGCAAUUUCAGGUUUCAAUGUCAACCACCUGGACAUUGCUCCACGAUAUGCCAGCAUCCUCAUGGGGAUCUCAAAUGGCGUGGGAACCCUCUCUGGAAUGGUUUGUCCCCUCAUUGUUGGUGCAAUGACCAAGCACAAGACCCGGGAAGAAUGGCAGAAUGUGUUCCUCAUAGCAGCCCUGGUGCACUACAGUGGAGUCAUCUUCUACGGGGUCUUUGCUUCUGGGGAAAAACAGGACUGGGCUGAUCCAGAGAAUCUCUCUGAGGAGAAAUGUGGAAUCAUUGACCAAGAUGAAUUAGCCGAGGAAACAGAACUCAACCACGAGGCUUUCGUAAGUCCCAGAAAGAAGAUGUCUUAUGGAGCCACCACCCAGAAUUGUGAGGUCCAGAAGACGGAUCGGAGACAACAGAGAGAAUCCGCCUUCGAGGGGGAGGAGCCAUUAUCCUACCAGAAUGAAGAGGACUUUUCAGAAACAUCUUAACGUGCAUCUUCCCCUCAGCUUACAACCAGAAGUCUCCACACCCAUUGCUUUUCCCAUACCUUGGCCUUCCAGGGGGCCAAAUCACAGGAAAGGGGGAGACUAAAUCAACAACAGAGAAGAAAAAUGCCUUCUUACAAAGAUGGGCGUAUGGAUCUUGGUCUCAGUUAAUUAGAUAGUUGAUCAUAUUUUUUUGGGGGGGGGCAAUUGGGCAUUGGCUGUUGAGCCUUCUCUCAAAAGAACAAUUUAUUCAGGAAGAAAUGGCUAGAAGAAUAAGGAGUGGCUUGUUGCUCAAAUAAACACUGAAGAAAUCCCUCUUUGGUCUGGAGAAGAGUACAUGGUGGUUGCCACCCCAUCUCCAAGGAUAUCCAUGUAGAGGACAAUCUCUGCAACCUAAUGAAGGGAAUCACUCACGGGGGCCCUUGGUUGUGCCAGGUGCUUUAUGAACAUUCUUAUUUAACUCCCACACCCUAAUAUAGUUAUUGUACCCAUUUUACAACUAAGAACAUUAAAUGACUAGGUUGGCCCACCCAAGGUUGUCCUCUCAGAGCCAAAGCUGAGACUGGCAGAUGACCAGGAGUUUUAGGAAGGAAGGAAGGAAGGAAGGAAGGAAGGAAGGAAGGAAGGAAGAAGGAAGGAAGGAAGGGUUCAGUUGAGUGUAGGGUCAUUUUCAAUGACAAAUACAAAAACUGAAAUCAGUUGGUUUGUGGGUAAUUCCAUGUUUGGUCAAGGGUGUGUGCAUGCAAACGUGUAUGUGCGUGUGUGUGUGUUUGUGUGUUUGUGUGUAUGUGUGUGUAACUAUUUAGACUAGUGUGGCAGAGGGAAUUCAAAUAUAUGAAAUUCUAGAAUCAAAGACCCUUAAGGUACUAUAUUAUCUGUUGGACCAAACAAUUUGGUAAAUUGAUGGGAAUUUUUUUCUUCAAAAGUCACAGACUAGUGAAACACAUAAAACUCAGGCUCCAGGAAUGGUUGAAAAUAAGUAUAUGAAAGAUUGGUCAUUAAUUUAAACCCUCUACAGCAUCAGGAAAUUGGUUAAGUAAUGUCUCAAGUCGACUAUAAGCCCCUAAGAUAUUUAAUAACCAAAGGAGCAGGUCCAGGGGAGACUAUUUGGGUAAUAGUCUCUUGAAAGAAUUUUGUUCAAACAAAAGUGUGCCACCAGCUUUCUUGGAAAGUGUGGUCAGAUGAUAUAAAACUAUGCCCAAAAGAUUCAUAAUGACUCUGUCUGUAAUGUUCAUAGAAAACAAAAGCAUAACAGCAGGUUUAUAGAGAAAUACUGCAGUCAAAAUAUCCGAAAGAAGCUAUAAUUAGUAUUGAAGAAUUCAUCUGUGAUCAUGUAGGGCAAUAACAUGGAUACUACAUGGGUACUCUCUAAAUACAUUUAAAAGGUAAUGUUAGCAUGUAAGCACAUAUUAGAAAAUAAAAUUAUUUUCCUGCUCCUUAGUUUUGAAAAUUUUAUUUAUAUGUUAAGGAGGAAAAUUUAAUAUGAUGAUGAAAUAAAGAUUUAUUUGCAUAAUAUUUAUUUUCUAGGUUUUUCCAUUUUAUUUUAUUUCUGGACCCUUGCUAUACUCAAGGAGUUAUAAUACACUUUAUAGAAAGACUAACCAGGGAUGGAGAGAUGGCUCAGUGGUUAAGAACCCUGCCUAUUCUUCCAGAGGUCCUGGGUUCAAUUCCCAGCAACCACGUGGUAGCUCACAACCAUCUGUAAUAGGAUCCAUGCCCUCUUCUGGUGUGUCUGAAGACAGGUACAGUGUACUCAUAUAAAUAAAGUAAAAUUUAAAAAAAGAGAGACUUUAAAAAAUAAAUAAAAUAAAAAGACAUCAUAGAUUUUAAAAAGGAAGAGCGGUCUUCCCACUGAAUGAUAUUCUUUAUAUCAUUUGUAGAUGCUUUGUGUUAUCAGAUGCGGUUAAAUCCCCCUAUUGUGUGAAUCCAUGUAAGUCCCCUAGAGCAGUUUUGAGCAUAAAGAAGCCCUCAAGAAAUAGAUGCCACAUCAGCAUUGUCCUUAACUCCUGUGUGACUAUGUCAUCUGUGAAGAAAGAGUGUCAUGUCAUUUCAUGCAUUGGCCACAGAGUUUAUUAUGGAAAUUGUACUUGUUUUCUUAGUAAAAAAAAAUUAGGAAAAAAUAGUGCUUAUUUCUUUGUGUGUUAAUAAGGCAUAAUAAUUAUAAGUAUGAAAAACACCUCAUGACGACCAUGAAGGUAAUGCAGAUUAUGACACAAUCUAUUGUUCGCGUUGACUUCAUGCAGAAAUACCACACUUUGCUUU